AAAUGGUUGGAAAAAGCAAAAAGAAGCGUAAUAGCAAAGAUUCCACAUCCAGUAAUGCUGGAAGUGGCGAGGGUGAGGAGAAGAAGAAGAAAGAAGGCGGCAAGAAGAAAGGGGGCGUGGGAAAAUCCAUUGGCUGCGAUAUUUUCAAUGACGCCGCCAUGGAAAAUGCCUACUAUGUGUGCCACAAUGUGCAGGAUGUUCUUAAAUCGAGAGGAUUCGCCUGGCCAGAUGGACAGAAAAAGAAGAAGAAGGGAAAGCGAUAGGACGUGAUACUUAAGUGCAUUCCAGGUUGGGUUGGAAACUUGAAGAAUUCCAACUGUUUCACCUUAACGAAUUUUUUUUUCCUGGAUACGCUGGAUACACUUUUAACUGAAUUAACUGAAUAACGGUUACCUAAAUAACGGGAAUCUUUCUUGUUUAAUGUUG